GUCAUGCAUGCGCCGCUCAGUAGGUUUGUCUUCCUUUCGUUACUGCUGCAGGACCUAGCUACCUGAGAGAGUUGUAGGGUUGCUGUCACCAGUACUCUCUCACUGGAGGAAGACGUAGCAGCUGUAGUAGUUGCUGAUCCAGAAGUCGAGGAGACGCCAACGAGCUAGAAACUCCAGUAUUUGUUAACCAACCUUGAGGAAGAUUGUAGAGUGCCGAAUUUUGAAAACUUGAAGGUGAAAUUCUUAGACACUACAAAAGGAUCCAAGGAAUCAAAAUGCGGCCAAUGCGUAUUUUUGUGAAUGAUGAUCGUCAUGUCAUGGCCAAGCACUCCACCAUUUACCCAACCCAGGAAGAACUGGAGGCUGUGCAAAACAUGGUGUCCCACAGUGAGCGAGCUCUCAAGGCCGUGUCUGACUGGAUCAAUGAGCAGGAGAAAGUCGGAGGAGAGCAACCUGAACCGGAAGCAAUGAAUUUGGCCCUUGAGGAUGGAAACAAGGAGGGAGUGGAGCAGAAGACAGAACACUUGACCAGGACCCUCCGGGGAGUAAUGAGAAUUGGUCUUGUAGCCAAGGGACUAUUGUUGAAGGGAGAAUUGGAUUUGGAGUUAGUCCUGUUAUGUAAGGAGAAACCCACAACCUCUCUGUUAGAAAAAGUGGCUAACAACUUGGAAGUACAACUUGCUUUGAUUACUGAGGAUAAAUAUGAAAUUAUCAGAUCUAUUGAAGAAGCUGCAAUUGUAAUAAAAAAUCCCAAAGAAACUCAGCUUUUCUUGAUCAUCCAUUUGACUUCACCUGUGGUCCGAGAGGAAAUGGAAAAGCUGACCACAGGAGAAAUACCAUCAGUUACCGAUCCCCCAGAUGUUCUGGAUAAGGAGAAGUGCCUUGCUACCUUGGCAUCUCUUCGACAUGCCAAGUGGUUCCAGGCCAGAGCAAAUGGACUAAAGUCUUGUGUCAUAGUCAUCCGGGUACUAAGAGACUUGUGCAGUCGAGUUCCCACUUGGGCCCCACUUCGAGGAUGGCCUCUGGAACUUCUCUGUGAAAAAUCAAUUGGAACAGCAAAUAGACCCAUGGGUGUUGGAGAGGCCCUUCGGAGAGUGCUUGAGUGCCUGGCAUCAGGCAUUAUCAUGCCAGAUGGUUCUGGCAUUUAUGACCCUUGUGAAAAAGAAGCCAUUGAUGCUAUUGGGCAUCUAGACAGACAGCAAAGGGAAGAUAUCACACAGAGUGCUCAGCAUGCCCUGCGGCUUGCUGCUUUUGGUCAGCUUUACAAAGUCUUGGGCAUUGACCCCCUGCCUUUGAAGGUGCCUAAGAAGCCAAAGAAUGAAAGCCUUGUGGAUUACACAGUCCAGAUUCCCCCUAGCACCACCUAUACCAACACUCCACUGAAACGUCCCGUGGAGGAGGACGGGGAAGACAAGUCACCCAUCAAGAAGAAGAAAAGGAUUCUGAAGAAAGAGGAGAAAACAGAGCCUCCUCAGGUGAUGAAUGCGCUGAUGAAAUUGAAUCAACUCAAACCAGGACUUCAGUAUAAACUAGUUUCCCAGACUGGCCCUGUCCAUGCCCCUAUCUUCACCAUGUCUCUGGAAGUUGAUGGCAACAUAUUUGAGGCUUCUGGACCCUCCAAAAAGACUGCCAAACUUCAUGUAGCUAUCAAGGUGUUGCAGGACAUGGGUCUGGUCACAGGUGUGGAAGGCAAAUUGUCAAGCAAAAGUGAAGAUUCAUCUGAGAAAACAGAGCAUAACUGUGUUGUAAUUCUUCCUUCCUCUGAGGAAGAGAUGGCCAUUUCCUCUACCAAAUUCCCUUUGGACAAUCACGCCUUUGAGAAUGUGAAAUCGCAGGGUCCAAUUGUGACGAAGCAUGGCAAGAAUCCAGUAAUGGAGCUUAAUGAAAAGAGACGUGGACUCAAGUAUGAGUUGAUCUCAGAGACAGGCGGCAGCCACGAUAAGCGCUUCAUCAUGGAGGUUGAAGUGGACACCCAGAAAUUUCAAGGUGCUGGCUCAAACAAAAAGGUGGCCAAAGCCCAUGCAGCUCUUGCUGCUCUGGAGAAACUCUUCCCAUAUAUUCCUCUGGCCAUUGAGCCCAGCAAAAAGAAACGGGAAUACAUUCCUAUCCGGGGUGGAGCCAGGUUUGCUUCCAAGCAACAUAAUCCUGGUUAUGGAAUUGGUAACCUAUUCCACGAGCUCCCUCCAUUCCACAGUAUCCGAAGCCGGGGAAGAGGUGGAAGCAUCUGCAGUCGAGGCCGAGGCCGAGGUGGACAUAGAGAUGGCAGUUAUGGAGGCCAUGUGAUCACUGGAGCUGGGUAUAGGACCUGUAGCUAUGGUGAUAGUUCAGCUACCACAGGUCAGUUCUACAGCAAAGGUGGACAUUCCGCUGGGAAUGGAGGCAACAAUUUUGGCUAUGAUUCUUAUUACCAGGGCAGGAGCUAUGCCUCUCUCCCACCCCAGAAGCACAACAACAAGAAACUGCUGCUUAGUGGGCAGCAGAAAACAUAUGGCUCUGGGUAUCCAACCCACCAGGGUCAACAGCAGCAGCUAUUUCCACUUCCCUUCUGCAACAAGAACCAAUAUGGCAACUUCAGUCCUGUGCAAUGCAAAGAGAAAGAAGGCUAUGGCCGUGGCCCGGGCAGUAGUGAUUACUCUUACUCCAGUCUCUACAACACUGCUGGUGGAGGUGGGGGUCUGUCAGAAGCUGACUUUGAGAGAAAAUUCAAUUAUAGCAUUGGAAGUGGGCGUGACAGGCACAACUUCAGCUCGGGAGGAUCAUCCUGCAGCUAUGGUGAAAGUUCCUACCAAGGAAAACAAGGAGGCUAUUCUCAAUCCACCUACAAUUCUUCAGGGUCCAUGGAGAAGUACAAUGGACCCACAAGCUCUUACCAGUCGUCACAACGUGGUUAUGGCCGAAGUGAUCACAGCAUGAAUUAUCAAUAUAGAUAAACACCCUAUUCCUACAGUCUACUGCCUAUGUUAAAUGUGACAUUUUGUUACUUUCCCCAGUUGUUACCCUUUGUUUGAAUACCAUUUUACUCCAUUAAAUUGUUGAAUUUCCUCCAUUAACA